AUGACUACGCACAUGCAGAUGCUGGACAGGACUUUGCCGAUGGACUCAGUCAUCGACCUCGACCAACCAUGCAAAUUUUGCAAAGUCCUCGAUCUUGACGAUAGUCAACUUGGCGGCGUUGCGAAGACAGUUGAAGAUGGAGCUUCCUUUGUCGAUUUCGGUGAGUUCCUUGAAACCGAACAGGAUCGAAUCAUAACCUCGGGAACAUUUGGAAGGGGAUGGGUCUCCGCGACGCCGGAUUUUGAUCCAGAGGCGCCACGUAUUGUCACGAAGACUGAGCUUGGACUUGACUAUUCGAGGAGCGAUGAACUACCUGAACUGCCAGAGCUUGGUGCUACGGCAAUUGCCGGAUGUGCUUUUUGCAAGGUGCUUCGGAAUGAUUUGAUGGAAGCAUGGGAGUGGAUUGAACAGAACUGGGACAACGAGUAUGAGAAUGGGAUAGAUCUUCGAGACGAAGAAAAAGAAGUAGUAGUCAAAGCCAAAGCAGAAACAAGAGAAGAAGCAGAUGACGAGGAAGACGGGGAAGACGAAGAAGAUGACCAAGAUGAUGAAGGGAAGAACGAGGAGGAGGAUGAGAAGAAGAAGGAGAAAGAAGUCGAAAACGAAGCAACUGAUGCGAAGUUUGUGCACAAUGAGAGUGUCAAUCAAAAGACCGACCAGCUAGAGCACAGCGAUAUCUUCGAGGACAGCGACGGUAGCAGCGUCUUUACAAAUGCUGACGGGGAACAAGGUAUAGGUGAACAGAAAGCUCAAGGUGACGACAGACAAGAGGAGAGUCAGGAGAAAGCUACCGAAUCAGUGACAGCCACAGAAAAACAACCAAGCAGAGCGGAAUUGGUCAUUUCCGAGAUCGCCUACAAGCUUGGGAAUUAUGAACAUGACAGUGAUCGUCCUCAAAGGACAUGGUCCGACACAGUCUUCGUCUUCUUCACAAUAAGAUUCAAAGAAAGGACGAGAAAAUACUCUAUGAGCUACAACCUCUAUGCAGAACCUACAGACCCUUGUGCCUCAUGGCUGCAGAUCAACCGGAGGCCUUAUACGAGCAAUGCAUUGUCCCCAACAUCUCUGGGGAGAAUGCAUGAGCUUAUCCGACAGGCAGAAGAGAAGCAGCCGGUGAAGACCGCGGAGAAGCCCUUCUUGCCGACUCGUCUACUUGAUGUACAUGCAUCUUGUCCAUCUGGCCUGCGACUGGUCAUUACUGAGGCUGAUCCUGAAUUCUGUAAGCUCGAAGCUUCACAGCAACGAUACGCAGGAUUGAGCUAUUGCUGGGGCUCUGGUGAUGCAGCGGCGAAGCAGCUCAAAACAACGAAGGCUACUCUGGAUGAACACUGCACUUCGAUAACUAUGCAGAAGCUUCCCCAAACUAUCGCCGACUCAGUCCAAGUUUGUCGAGCCAUUGGAAUUCGAUUUCUCUGGAUCGACGCCCUUUGCAUCAUCCAGGGCGACGACGAAGAUUGGUCAAAGGAGUCCUUUCAAAUGUCCUUAAUUUACGAGAACAGUUAUGUUACACUGUGCAUCGGACAAGGCGACUCCUGCUCGAGCGGCUUUCUCCAGAAGAAUUACAGCCCAACCAGCGUGAGGCUCAAGUUCCGGUCAAGGAUUAACCCUUCGAUCUCAGGCCAUUUCACGCUUCGAAUGCUCCACCCUCCCGCAAAGACAUUGCGGAGAUGGACUAGAGCGCACGGCAAGUACGGACGUGGUGUAGAGUCUCCUGGAGAAGUAGACCUCGAAUCUGCGUGGGCCACGCGAGGUUGGACCUUCCAAGAAGACCAACUCGCGCCGCGUAAAAUCUUCUUCGGUAAUCUCAUGUUCCAUGUUAGUUGUGGAGGAUAUCUGGAAGCAGCCGAUGGUUCCGUCGUGGAACAUGGGCGGUAUGUUGAUACUAUGGGCUCACUCCAACAAGCGCUGGGAAUGUGGUACAAUAUGGUCUCGGAUUACUCCUGUAGAAACCUCGCCUUCCAGCAGGAUAAGCUUCCUGCUAUUGCAGCUCUGGCAAGAUCUUUCAGUGAGAUGUUCAGAGGUCAGAAGUAUCUCGCAGGCCUAUGGGAAUCCGACAUCCAUAAGGGUCUUUUAUGGGCUCAUAACGAAUGGAAGGAAUUUGACGUCUAUCAGAAGCUCACAUCAAAAGACUACAUCGCGCCAUCCUGGAGCUGGGUCAACCGGCCAUCGAGAGCAACCUGGAUCUUGCGCGAGGACCAACAGCCCAAGUCCGAGCUCAUUAUCCGCAGCACAGACGUUGUACCAGAAGAGCACAACCCAUUUGGUCGUGUUUCGAAGGGUCGUUUGUUACUUACAGCCCGGAUGUACAAACCCCCCACCAGACGCAAUGGAAAAGUCCGUAUUAAGCACACGUACGAAUGGUGGAAGAACAUGCGUGUCCCGUCAAUCAGCUACGCUCUCUGGUCGAAGAGAAACAAGUGCAUAGCCAAGAUGGUUUUCGACUGGGACAGUCACUGUGCUCUCAUGGACAAGGGUUAUCCCCGCGGGCCGAUGAAAGAUAUUCGUCUGGUUCUCACUGCGAGUAUCUUCCCUGGCGACGAUCCGGUGCUGAAGAGCCAUGAUUUACCGGAGGAUCAGGAGCUCCUAUUGGGUAUCGUCGUGAGACCGUCGCUUGAGGAACAAGGUGCAUAUGAGAAGCUGGGACUAUUCUACUCUGAGCAACGGGAAGAGGGAGGAAGGAAGUUUUGGGAGAAAGUGCCGAUGCAGGAUAUUGUACUUGUAUAG